GUGAUGUGGCAGUGAAAAUGUUGAAUGUUACGGCACCCACACCUCAGCAGUUACAGGCUUUCAAAAAUGAAGUAGGAGUGCUCAGGAAAACACGACAUGUGAAUAUCCUGCUUUUCAUGGGUUAUUCAACAAAACCCCAGUUGGCUAUUGUUACACAAUGGUGUGAAGGGUCCAGCUUGUAUCACCAUCUACACAUCAUUGAGACCAAAUUUGAAAUGAUCAAACUGAUUGAUAUUGCACGACAGACUGCACAAGGCAUGGAUUAUUUGCAUGCCAAGUCAAUCAUCCACAGAGACCUCAAAAGUAAUAAUAUUUUUCUUCAUGAAGACCUCACAGUAAAAAUAGGUGAUUUUGGUCUAGCUACAGUGAAAUCACGAUGGAGUGGAUCACAUCAGUUUGAACAGUUGUCUGGAUCUAUUCUAUGGAUGGCACCAGAAGUUAUUAGGAUGCAAGAUAAAAACCCUUAUAGCUUUCAGUCGGAUGUGUAUGCGUUUGGGAUUGUUCUGUAUGAAUUGAUGACUGGACAGUUACCAUACCUAAACAUCAACAACAGGGACCAGAUAAUUUUUAUGGUGGGACGAGGAUACCUAUCUCCAGACCUCAGCAAAGUACGGAGCAACUGCCCAAAAGCUAUGAAGAGACUAAUGGCAGAAUGCUUAAAAAAGAAAAGAGACGAGAGACCCCUUUUUCCACAGAUUCUUGCCUCCAUUGAGCUCCUGGCCCGGUCGUUGCCAAAAAUUCACCGCAGUGCAUCUGAGCCCUCAUUAAACCGGGCUGGCUUCCAGACAGAGGAUUUUAGUCUAUAUGCUUGUGCUUCUCCAAAAACUCCCAUCCAAGCAGGGGGAUACGGAGAAUUUGCAGCGUUCAAGUAGCCACAGCACCAUGGCAGCACCCACUCUGUUAUUUAAGUCUUGUGUUCCUACAGUUUCUUAACAUCAGAACUCUGUUCUGCUCCGCAAAACCUAAAGUAAUUUAGAAAAGAUAUCCAUAAGCUUAAAAGUGGAGCAGAAUGGAACUGCCAGUCCAACACAAGUGGGAAAAAAAGUACCUUUUUGGGAACCAGAAUCCUCUGCUGCCAGUGUUUCUCCUUCAACACAAACCACCACGUGCAUUCGGAGACCCGCAGUGGCUGCCUGUGCCGUUGGCAUCAUUCCCAGGAGAGAGGAGAGGGCGCUCGUGGUUUGACUGCGGUGCACGGGCAUGAGGGGAUGGAGCUGCUGCUGCUGCUUCAACUUAGGAGACUUGCUUUGGAUGGUCUGCCGGUCGGCUUUCUCCCUCUAACAACGUACCAUCAGAGGCUGAAUGUCUGAUGAGUGCUCAUUUAAAAGAAUCCUCCUCCAUUCUGAUCUUGGGGUUUGUUUUUUUUCCUGGUGUACUCACUGAUUUAUGGACAACGCAGUAUCCCCUUUUCACUGUAUUCCAAUGUCAGACACCUAAAUCUGUCUAUAUUAUUGGGUUUUAUUCCAGUAAAAUUGAAAGUAUGGGGUGAUGGGAGCUGGAGAAGAUGUUACUUGAAAGGCAAAGUGGUUAAUCUGAAGGAAAAGGGGAUGCUGCUGCACCUUUUUUCGGA